CUUUCUCACAGACCUCAUUCCUGUGCAGGGGCAAUCCCCAGAUGCCUGUUGUGUGCGAAGCCUGUGAUGUGUGAGCUAAAGAAAUAGAGGACAUUACUUGCUUGCUGUCCUGAUGCCAGGAGGAUCUGGUGCCAGGCUUUAACAGUUGCAUUCGACAAGAGGAACGUGGAUUACGACUCUGCUGCAUUUUCCUAAGAAGAACCAACUGCUGCCUUUACCAGGAAGAGGGCGUUUUGGCUCUGCUUGUACUGUUAAACCUCUGUCUGCAGACUGGAAAUUUUCCUGUUUAAUUGUGGUCAGCGAAUACUGUGGUAUCUCUUUGCUUUAACAAACUUGCAAAUGAAGCAAAAUCCAACACAGUUGUUGCUGUGGCUGUUGAUGUUCCUCUUUGAUACGGUGCCAUUCAUCUGUGAGAAAUCAAUGAAAGACAGAGCUAUCAAACUGAUGCAAGAUACACGUUUAAUUGAUGGCCACAAUGACUUUGUGCUACGGCUGAGAAUGUUUUACCAAAAUAGAAUCAGUAAAGUCAACUUAAGAGAAAUCAACAAGACACACACGAACCUUCUGAAACUUAAGGCUGGUUAUGUGGGAGCUCAGUUUUGGUCAGUGUAUGUUCUUUGCAGCGCUCAGAACAAGGAUGCUGUGCGUCUGACCUUAGAGCAAAUUGAUGUUGUCAAGAGGAUGUGUAACAGCUACGAAGAGCUUGAACUUGUAACAACUUCCCAAGGUAUCUCUGACAGUAGGAAGAUUGCAUGUUUGAUUGGAAUAGAAGGCGGUCACUCCAUUGACAGCAGUUUGGCAGCAUUGAGGAUGUAUUAUGACCUAGGUGUUCGUUACAUGACUUUAACACAUUCCUGCAAUACUCCUUGGUCUGAAUCUUCAUCUAAAGGAAUACACAACUUUUAUCCUAAUGUUAUUGGUUUGACUGCAUUCGGCCAAGAAGUGGUAAAGGAAAUGAAUCGUCUGGGUAUGCUGAUAGAUUUAUCUCAUACUUCAUAUUCCACAGCAAAAACUGCACUACGUAUCUCAAAAGCACCAGUAAUUUUCAGCCAUUCUUCUGCAUUUUCUGUUUGUAAUCACUCCAGAAAUGUUCCUGAUGAUAUCCUCCUGAACCUGAAAAAGAACAAGGGGAUUAUUAUGGUGACAUUCAAUGCAGAUGUACUGGCCUGUGGCAGAAAAGUUGCUAAUGUUUCUACCCUAGCAGAUCAUUUUGAUCACAUAAAGAAAAUUGCAGGCUCAGAAUCAAUAGGAAUUGGUGGUGACUAUGAUGGAGUGGAACGUUUCCCUGAGGGACUGGAAGAUGUUUCGAAAUACCCUUCUUUGAUUGAGGAACUUCUUAGAAGAGGGUGGAAUGAAACUGAACUAAAAGGGGUCUUAAAGGAAAACUUCCUCCGUGUCUUCAGGGAAGUGGAAAAUGUCGCUAACAGACAGUAAGUGUAACAACUAGAUCACAGCAAACUUGAAGUAUAAAUGUCAGAAAGGAGUCAAGAAGAACAAGGGAGAAGUGGCAAGAAAAGAGACAGUAUGAAAAAAGUAAGAAUACCCUAAGUGAUAACUUUUGAAAAGGCCUAGGUUGCAAAUUGCAAGCUGCCUGCCUGUUCUUGUUUUUCUUCACAAAAUUUAAUAAGUAGGUAUUACACACAAGACCUUAUAGACAAUAUAUUUUUUUUUUCCCAUUUACCUUUUUGAGGUAUGUUAUGUGUAAAGAAAUUAAGGAGUUUUGUACUAUUCCAACUACUCUGCCAGAAUAUCUGCCUGUUGCUGAGUUGUAUAUGUGGCAACCUGAUGUGAAAAGGCAGACAUUCAUCAUACUUAAUCAGCCUAUGCGAUUUUUUCUGAUCAUCUUCCUUCUGAAUUAGACAUCUUUGAAAUUCUGUCCUGUGGAUAUAAGCUGACUUAUGGAAGAAUGCUUAUGAGUUUGUUUAGUUACAGCCUUUUAAUUAAUGCAUUUGCAUGUAGUGGAAGCUGAGGCAAAGAAAAGCCAGUACUGUGACUAUUGCUAUAAUUCAUUUGCAACUAUUACUGUGAAAUAUUUCAUUGGAAUGCAAAUAUGAGGAUAAUGAUGUUGUUUUACUCGAGUUCAAAUAUGCUUUUGCAAUGCAGUUUGAGUUGCUUCACUUGAAAUAGCAUUGAAUUUGCCAGCUACGUUAAGAUUUUUGCCAUCGUAUCAAUCUGGCUUUCAAGGGCAAUCUUUUGAA